AUGUCCUCCAGUCAGGCCAAGGACAGCAGCUUCUGGGGAGGAAGGGUACCUCCAGAGAUCGAGUCACUGUCGAAAAACCUGAAGGGUUUGGACCACGACACGUUCAGAAAACUGCUGAAAGGUAAAUGUAGUUUAGGAGUCAGUGUCCCCUCAACAAAGACUCGAAAUGUUUCAUCUGUCUGGCUGCAAAUCUAUUUAUUAAUAUGUUGAUCUAAAUCAUAGACUGUGUGAAACAUGAACAUAAAACUAACACAAUGAAUUGUGUAUCAUUUUCACCUAACUUCACCUGAAUACUCUACAAAUAUAUUGAAUGUUCAAACUGAUACACUUGAUUGUUUUCCCCCUUUUUUGUUUAAUAUUCACUAAUUUUGAAUUUGAUGCUGUAACAGAUUCCUAAAAAGUUGGUUUAGGGUCAUGUUUUCUCUAGAGUCUAGACCCCCAGACCAUCACAGAUGUUGCCUUUGGCAGUCUGGAUGGUCCUUUUCCUCUUUAGUCCAGAGGACACCAUGUCCAUGAUUUCCAAAGACUAUCUGAAAUGUGGACUCAUCAGACCACAGCAGACUUUUCCACUAUGGGUCAGUCCAUCUCUGAUGAGCUUGGGUCCAGAGAAGCUGGCAGUGAUUUUGGCUGUUGUUGAUAUCUGUCUUUGUCUUUGUCUUUGCAUGGUAGAGUUUGAACCUGUAGAUGUAGAGACCAAAUUGUGUUGACUGAUAAUUGUUUUCUAAAGUCCUCUUAAGCCCACAUGGUAAAAUCCUUUACAGAAUGAUGUAGGUUUUUAAUGCAGUGUAAAACUAUUGGACUAUUUGCUCAUGCAGUUGUUGACAAAGCGGUGAACCUGACCCUAUCCUUGCUUGUGGAGGACUGAGUCUUUCGGGGAUGCUCCUUUUAUACCCAAUGAUGACCCUCAUCCAUUUCUAAUGAACCUGUUAACCUGUGGAAGGAUCCAAACACACGUUAAUGGAGCAGUCCUCAGUUUUAAGUCUUUUAUUGACCCUGAACCAACUUUACGUUACAGCAUCAAAUUCAAAAUGAGAGAAAAUUUACAGAAAAACCAUCAAGUUGAUUUAUUUAAACAUUAAAUAUCUUCAUAGAGUAUUCAGGUGAAGUUAGGUGGGAAGGAUUUGAAAUCACUGGAUUAUAUUUUUAUUCACGUUUUAAACAAAUGUCCAAACUUACCUGGAGUUGGGGUUUAUAGAACUGUAACCUCACUGUCAGAUUAAGUGUGAGGAUCUAAAUGACCACGAUUAAGAUUUGCAUGUAACUGUUAACCUGUUGUUUGUCUGUGCUUGUGCAUGCUUUGGUUAAAUGUUCCCUUCAGGGUAAGUCACGCCACUUACAAAGCUGAAGUGAGUAAAAUGUGCAUGCGUUUUUUUUGCGUCCAGCUGUGGUGAGUUCCUUGGAGAGGAAGGACUGCAGAGCACUGAUGGCAUCAAUAGCAGAGAGCAGCAUGGUCCCACAGGAGAGGCUCAGUCACAUCGUAGCAGGGAUGUACAGAAUUCUGUCAGAGGCUAUCCGCAUCCCCUUAUCGUCACUGAAGCAGGAUGUAAGCUGGUGUUUAACUCUGCACAUCGCACCUUAGGGCAGACUGUGAGCUGUCUGACACCACACAUUAUGGAAAGUCCCAUUGAGAAAAUCAAAAUUUUAUACACCUAAGAAACAAAAAAGUAGUCUCUUUUUUUCCUUAUGAAAAUUAAGAAAAUAUUAUUUUCAAAGUGAAACAAUCCAAAAGAUGGUGCACAUUGUGGAGCUUUUUUCAAGACAAAAAAAAAAAAAGAAGUAAGGGAAAGGCAGACAGUGAGAUUAAAAGGCCAAAUGCACUGAUAGUCAUUUUUUUCCUGCUCAUAUGUUUAUAAGCAUAUGUGUUUAGCUGUACUUAAUGUCCCAGCUUUACACAAGGUCCCAGCUUUUGGGGUUGAGUUGAGGUCUUUAGAAAGUGCUCUGGAAGAUCAGACCACAGGUCUGUCAGUUACUAUUGAAGUUAUUAUACAAUAACAAUUAUUAUACGAUUAUUAUAAUGAUUAUAUUCGCCUGCAGUACACUGUGUUAUUAUUCAUGAUUUUUUGCUGUUCUUGGAUCCAAAACUGGGAAAUUAACCAUUUUUGUUUUUGUCCCCUUUUAGGCCUUCAAAGAAGAUCUCAGAGAGAUAAGGCAAGGACGAUCUUGUCUUUCACGUCCACAGCGUUUUCAUGUAUUUGAAGUCCAACUCCCACACGGCAUAUUAACUGAAACUCUUAUGUUUUGUCUGUUAGAAUACCUGAGGACUUCAUCUCAGACUUUGCCAGUGUGGUUUUUGGCAGUAGGUAUGUUGACUAUGUACUUGUGUCCUGAUAAAGGCGACAGGCUCCUCUUACCUUGUCUAAAUGCAGGGAAAAAUACUGUUGUUGAGAGUUUCAUCUCCACAGAGUGGGGAUAAUAUUUACUUCUGCUCCACCUUCAGAGGAUGGUUGGGACGAACUCUUGGAGUUGUCAUGAACCAUUUUUGAAUACAACAGCUUGUUUAGAAAAUCCAAAAUUGCACUGCCUUUGUACUGAAACCAUGAAGUAAUAACAUAAUGCUGUUCAUGUGUUGAGUAGAAGAGGUGUGAUCAGUAAGUCAGCAGUGCUCACCUUUCUUCUUUCACCACCUCUGUUCUAGGCCUCCUCGUUUUCCCCUUUUAAACCACGGGGCUCUUUGAACAGCCUAUCCUCCACAGUCUUUCAUUAAUAUGUCACCACUUUUUAUAAUUGCAGACGUGCAGCUCUUGAGAUAGUAACCUCUCAAAAUGAUCUCCACCUUCCUGCAUUACAAGACUUCAAAUGGAGGGUCGAUGUCGCUAUUUCUACCAGGUAUAGGACAUAAUGUUGUACAGAGUGAAAAAGUUGUAAAGGUAAAGAAAAAUAAGUCUUGGACCUUCGAUAAUAAAGUCUGUCAUUUUGUGUCUCUUCUGUUCCUGCAGCUCUUUGGCCAGAGCUCUACAGCCUUCUGUUCUCAUGCAGAUGAAACUGUCUGACGGGAGCUCCCAGUGCUUUGAGGUACUCCAACUUUUUUUUUUUUUUUCUGGUUGUCAGGCAGUUUUACAUUCUCUUCAGAAACUUCAAAACUCUGAAUAUUUGCGCCAGUCUGAUCCCACCAUCGAAACACAAGAGUUGUUGAUACUCAGUCUCAUAUUUAUAAUCCUGGUACAGGUAAGACUGAGCAUCACAGUUUCUCUUACCUCUGAUGCAGAAUUGUCUUAUUAGAGUAAAGUUGUUGACUCAUAGUCGAUGAAGAGCAGACGAAAGAGGAAGGUUUUUCCCUUUUGUCACUCAAAUGAAGUUGUUGGGCACAAGGAGGUUUAAUAAAUAUUCCUGAAAUCAGUUCUGUUAAAAAUGAGCUUUUCAAAACUCUGAUGAUGCAGUUUAAUUCAACAAACACUUUUAAUGGAAAAAGAUCCAGACACAGAGAGUGGAGAUCCACCAUUACACAAAGAGAAACACAAGUGCAGCUUUUCACUUCUAGGGAGGAGCGAAAUACAAUCUACAGCAGUUUGGUGUUGCAUUAACAUGUCAGCCUGUCUUUUGCAUGAUCCACUUUCUUGUUUAUUUUUUAUUCUAUGAAUUUAUUAAAUAUCCAUCUAACACAGAUAACCACGCAUACUACAGUGUAUAGGAUAAUGGGUUUUAGUGUAAAAUUGUUGCAUUUUGCAAGUAAGAGUAAAGCAAUAAUGUGGUUUAAAAAGACAUCAGCUGACCACCAUUGCACACUCCUACAACAUGAAUAACUAUGUUAGCAUUUAGGAAUUCUCCUCAAUAAGAAUAUAGGAGUUUAACUUUGAUUUGUACUCAUUAAAUCUUCAGGAUAUAUUUCACUCCAGAGGGGGUAACAAACGUUCUACCGUUCUACUUAAUCUACCUUAUCUAGAGAAUGUUGGUAAGCGGUCAGCCUCACCCCUCAAAAAGAUUAUUUAAUAAGAGAGAAAUUACACUCAACUUAUCCCUGAGUUUGUAAGGAAGUCAGAGAUCCAGCCCAGGCAGGGACAGCAUCUCUGCUUCACUGUUAAACAUCUGUCUUCACUUUCAGGUGCCUGUGUCCAAGUUCCAGGAGCUUCGAUACAAUGCUGCUCUGAUUCUUAAAGAGAUGAACGACCUGGAGAAGAGGAGCAUUCUUCAAAUCAAAGACUGA